AUGUCGACGUGGAAAAGCUACCUCGGCCUCAAUGAAGACGCCGGCAACGAUGCCCCGCUGACGGCGCUCCCUUCCUCCUGGUAUACCUCCCCCGACAUGUUUGAAUUGGAGCGGCGGGCCAUCUUCUCGCGCAAGUGGCUGUUGACCACGCACAAGCUGCGUCUGCAAAACACCGGGGAUUGGCUCCGGUACGACGUGGCGGGCUUUGGUUUCAUUCUGGUGCGCGACCGCGACGGCAACAUCAACGCCUUCCACAAUGUCUGCCGCCACCGCGCCUUCCCCGUCGUGACCGAAGGCGAAGGCACCUCGCGCAUCUUCUCCUGCAAGUAUCACGGCUGGUCGUACGGAUUGAACGGGAAGCUCGCCAAGGCGCCGGGGUAUCAGGACCUUGAAGGGUUUGACAAGGCCAAGAACAGCCUCCUGCCCAUCCACGUCCACAUCGAUGCUAGCGGUUUCAUCUGGGUCAACCUCGACAGCAAGGAGACGCCCGAGCUGGCCUGGGCGGACGAGUUCCGAGGGGUCGACCUGCAGGCGCAGUUCCAGAAUGUCAACAUCGACGACUACCAGUUUGAUCACGCGUGGGAGCGCGAAGAGGAAUUCAACUGGAAAACCCUGUCCAACAACUACAACGAGGGCCACGACAGCCGCGCAGCCCGCCCAACCAUUCCAUCGCUGUCGGUGCUCAGCAGCUACACCGUCGACGGCACGGAUGGCAGCAUCCAGCCGGCCACCGAGAGCCCCAACCUGACCAGCAACUUCUACUUCCCCAACACCAGCAUGGUCGUCUCCCCGCACUUCUUCUUCCUGCGCCGGUUUGUCCCCACCUCCGCCACUAAGAGUGUGGAGCGCUACGAAGUUUACCGGAACAAGUCGGCCAGCGACGAGGAGUUUAAUGUGGUCAACCAGAUGUACAAGAAUCUCAAGGGCGAACUGCACCCGGCGACCGAACCCGGCCCACUGUACUUCCAGAGCGUCGUGCGGGACACGGUGAUGCAAUUCCACCAGCGCGAGGAGGAGGCGGGUCAGGCGAUCUGGCCGUCUCGGCAGGUGUUGCCAGCUACGGCGACAACCAGCCAGGAAGAUAUCGACUUUUGCACCAAACUGUCGACGCAAACUCCCGCCAACGCGGACUGCGGGGCAUCCGGGGGCUGCUGCGGCGGGAUGGCCUGCGAGAGUGGCAACGAGGCGCUGGCCUACUAG